AUGAUUCGAAACAUUGUCAAGAAAGAGCUCUCGCCCCUUCUUGCGCAGUGCCUUCAGGCGCCGCGCAUCUCCCGGGCGGCGUACGGGCGGCACUCGUCGCAUCGGGGGGCUCCGGUUGCCACAGCAACGCACGCACUGAGCUCGCACUGGGGCAGCAUCAUUGCCACGCUCACCAAUCUGCUGACAACACUUAAAGCCUCCCAUGUGCCGUCCCUCCUCGUGCGUGCGAUGGUCAUUCUGAUCUUCUCCUUCAUCAACGUGCAGCUCUUCAACGGCCUGAUGCUGCGUCGGGAUUGCUGCUCCUUCAGCAACGGCGAGUACGUGAAGGCAGGCCUAGGCGAGUUGGACCACUGGUUGCACGAGGCAACUCAUGAGUACACCGGAAAUGCGUGGGAGGAGCUCAAGUACAUCCGCCAGGCUGUUGGCUUCCUAAAGCCCAAGAUGCGCAUGCAGGAAAUCACAUCGGACCUCUGCCCGGCGCUGAGCAUACAGCAGCUGUACCACAUCAGCACCAUGUACUGGGAUGACAAGUAUGGCACUCACACCGUCACUCACGAGAAGCCCAAUAAGAGCAUGCAGGAGCUCACAUCGGACCUCUGCCCGGCGCUGAGCAUAAAACAGCUCCACCGCAUCAGCACCAUGUACUGGGACGGCAAACACGGCACUCACACUGUCUCCUUUGCAGUCAUUUUGGAGAUGCAGCGGUGUAUGAGCGACGAGAACAGCUCGUCUGUCAGCAACUCGUUCCUGCUGGACGAUGACUCCAGCAUCCCCUUCACUGUGGAGGACAUCUCAAAGAGCACUCACGAGAUUGACCUGCAGUCGCUGCAGCUGCCACCAGCCAUUCGAGACAACAGCACCUUCCAGAUCGCAAUGGCUCCCAACGCGUGUAACGCCAGUCCCACUCUCGGUCCCAUGUCUGUAAUUUCCCCAGCGGAGCUCAAGCAGGCUCCUGCCACCACCCUCCCCACCGUGCCCGAGCCCGCCGUUGCUCCCGCCGAUCCGCCCGCCCCUGCGCCCGCCGCUUCCACCCCCGCUGAUGCAGCCCCAGCUGAGCCCGCCGCUCCUCCCGCGGAGCCCGUGCAGCACCCGUCCGCGGAGGAAAUGGCGCAAGGACCCGUCAUGGAGAACAGCGACCCCACCUUCAUGGGAAUGCCGCUGCAACAGAUUAAGAUGAUCUACCACCACGCCGUGACUCAGUCCACGCGGCUCGCACUGCCGCUUCUGGCGGCGGUCGCGGUCCAGCUCACGCGCAACGUGGACUUCCAGGCGCUCUGGGAGCAGCUUCUCACUCUCGACACGUCCUACCUCGUCGCCGCAUUCUCCGCCGCGCUCUUCGCCGUCACCGUGUACGUGCUCACCCGCCCGCGCCGCGUGUUCCUCGUCGACUUCGCGUGCUACCGCCCCCCCGACCACCUCGUCAUUACCAAGGACGUUGCCGUCGAUCGCGUGAAGAAGCUCGGAUACUUCGACGAGAAAUCCGUCGAUUUCCAGACUAAGGUGUUCUUCCGGUCGGGUCUCGGCGACCGCACGUACAUCCCCCCGUCGAUGCACACAUGGCCGCCUUCCCCGUCGAUCGCGAACGCGCGAUUGGAAGCCGAGAUGGUGAUUUUCGGUGCGAUGGAUGAGCUCUUCGCGAAGACCGGCGUGAAGCCCCAGGACAUCUCCAUUCUGAUCGUCAACUGCACGGUUUUCUGCCCCACGCCGUCUCUCUCGGCUAUGGUGGUUAACCACUACAAGAUGCGCGAGGACAUUCAGUCGUACAAUCUGGGCGGCAUGGGUUGCAGCGCGGGCAUCAUAGCCGUCAAAAUGGCUCAAGAUCUGAUGCAGGGCCAGGCGAACAAGAACAAGCUCGCGGUGCUUGUCUCAACCGAGAACAUCACCCUGAACGCGUACCUCGGCAACCGUCGCUCGAUGCAGGUUACCAACGUUUUGUUUCGCAUGGGCGGAUCCGCGGCGCUGAUGUCGAACAAGCCGAUCGACGCGUGGAAGGCCAAGUACGAGCUUAAGACCGUCGUGCGAACCCACAUGGGCGCGGACGACAAGUGCUACAAGUGCAUUCACCAGCAGGAGGAUGAGAAAAAGAUUGUCGGUGUGAUGCUCUCACGCGAGCUUAUGGGCACUGCCGCGAAGGCUCUUAAGGCGAACGUGAGGACGCUCGGCCCGCUCGUGCUGCCGCUUUCCGAGAAGCUGCUCUUCGCCGCGGCGUACAUCGCGCGGCGCGUGUUUAAGAUGGAUAUUAAGGAGUACACUCCCGACUUCAAGCUCGCCUUCGAGCACUUCUGCAUCCACCCCGGAGGACGCGCGCUUCUCGACGAGGUGCAGAAGGGUCUCCGCCUCACGCAGCUCAACAUGGAACCGAACCGUAUGACUCUGUACCGCUUCGGAAACCUCUCGUCCGCGUCGAUCUGGUACGAGCUGUCGUACGUCGAGGCGCAGGAUCGCGUGAAGCGCGGCGAUCGCGUGUGGCAGCUGGCGUUCGGCAGCGGGUUCAAGUGCCAAAGCGCCGUGUGGAAGGCGCUGCGCACCGUGCCCGGCGCGAAGAACCCCGGGCCGUGGGCCGAGGCUGACGGCUACGUUCCCCCUCCCCCCGUCGAGGCUCUCGAGAUGGAUCCCGAGCCCCACCACUAG